GAAGUGAGUGGAGCUUCCUAGUGACAGCACUUAUAGAGCGCCCGGAUCCCACCAAAGUUUCCCGGGACUUCCUGACAACUUUGUGUGGGCAGAGAGGACGCCGGAGCACAGCACUUCUCAUCAAGUCUUCCUAAUUCCUGGAUUUGUUUUGUUGCUGUGAGUGCAGUAACACACUACUUUGGGAUUCGGUGUGUGUUCUAUGACUACAAGGAUGGAACCUACUUUUUACGAUGAUGCACUCAAUGCUGCUUUUGUACAAACCGAAACCUCUGGAUAUGGAUACAACCCCAAAGUGCUAAAGCAGAGCAUGACUCUGAAUCUCUCAGAUCCUUCCAGUACCAUCAAACCUCACCUGCGGAACAAAGCUGCUGAGCUCCUCACUUCCCCAGAUGUGGGACUUCUGAAACUGGCAUCUCCUGAGCUGGAGAGGUUAAUCAUCCAGUCCAGCAAUGGCAUGAUCACUACCACCCCUACCCCAACACAGUUUCUCUGUCCAAAAAAUGUUACAGACGAGCAGGAGGGAUUUGCAGAAGGGUUUGUGAGAGCACUUGCUGAACUACAUAACCAAAACACUUUACCCAAUGUUACCACUGCUCCUCAACCUGUUAGUACUGUGAUGGCUCCUGUCUCCUCUGUUGCUGGUAAUAAUGGUUUCAGUAACAAUUUGCACAAUGACCCCCCUGUGUAUGCCAACCUGAACAACUUUAACCCAGGUACUAUAACCACAGCACCUGCCUUUACCAGCAAUGGCAUGAACUUUGCUGCUCAGCACCAUAGCAGCCCCCCUAUGCCAGUGCAGCACCCAAGGCUUCAAGCUCUAAAAGAGGAGCCCCAGACUGUCCCAGAAAUGCCUGGCGAGUCCCCUCCACUAUCCCCCAUAGAUAUGGAGUCACAAGAGCGGAUAAAAGCUGAAAGGAAACGCAUGAGAAACAGGAUUGCAGCCUCAAAAUGCAGGAAAAGGAAGCUGGAAAGGAUUGCUAGGUUGGAAGACAAAGUAAAAAACUUAAAAUCCCAGAACUCUGAACUUGCAUCCACUGCCAACAUGCUUAGAGAGCAGGUUGCCCAGCUGAAACAGAAAGUUAUGAAUCAUGUUAACAGUGGCUGCCAGUUAAUGUUAACACAGCAGUUGCAAACUUUUUGAAAACUGCCGGAGAGAGACUGGUGGAAAUAAAAAACAAUAGCAUAAAAGUUUCAGGUUGAAACUUUUGGUUGCAGAUGAAAGGCAUCAAGACCUGACUGUAGAUCGCGCAUGUGCGGGGGAGUCUUGCAAAAAAAGCCUGGGAAUAGAGCCCUAGUGGCAAUGCCACAAACAGUAUCACUUUACCUAGUGCUGUUCCUGCUCUGAGACAUCAGAUCUGUGUUUAAACAUUGACCAACACCUGCAUGGACCUAACACUCAAUGAUCAUUCAGUAUUAAGAAGUAAAAGGUUAAACUGCUAAAGAGACUAGACUGCUUUUUACAAAAGGGAAGGGUUUGGGAGGGAGGCAUAGGGAAACUGAAAAACCAAGUUGAAAAUUCUGUCUGCCUUCUCCUCGACUGUAUGUAUUUGUACAUAUCUUUGUUUUUAUUAUUUUAUAAACUGAAUUGUGUCAGUAAAAUCCGCUCCAAGCAUUUGUAAGUUAUUUUAUGUUUAUUUUUGGGGGUUAUUUAACCCAGUAUUGUUUGUAAAUAAGAUAUUUGAGCACUCUUGAGUUUACCAUUUUUAAUAAAGUAUAUAAUUUUUCUAUGUUUUGUUUUGGAGGACAAUUCCAGAAAAGUUCAAUUAUAUUUAUGAAAAUAAAGAUCUGAAAUUGGAAAAUGUUUUUAUUUAUAUUGAUUUUUUUACAUUGUAAUAAACAAUGCAUGUUAAAACAAA